CUGCUUUGUUGUUCGCCUCCAGUCCAGCAGGGGGCGGAAAUGGACCAAUCAGCUGCUUUGUCUCAGUUUGACCCCCAGCGGAAGUAAAACAAAACGACUCCAGCAGCAGCUGUGUUGUGUUUUCGUGUUUCAGCUGAAUAUCUCAGUAACAAUGUCUUCAGUUCAGCAUCUGAGAGAUUUUAUCAGAGAGAGACUAACUGCUGCUGCGGAAGAAAUCUUCAUUCAGGUAGAAAAAACCAUCGUCCGCUACGAGGAGGACAUUAAACUGAUAGAAACCUGCUGGAAUAAACCUCAGAUAAAACUCACCACGACCGAGCGCCCAAAUCAUCGUUUCCAUGGUGAGGAUGGGGUUCAAACUGACCAGAGUGCCAGUGAAGAACCAGAACCUCCACGUUUCCAGAGGAACCAGCAGGAACGCAGGCGUCUCCAUCAUCCAGACAGCCAGAAGGAACCAGAAUAUUCCUGGUUGAAUCAGAACCAGCAGGAAGCAGAACCUCCACAGGAGGAGCCGCGGUGUGCAGAGGUUAAAGAGGAGCUGGACGAACCAGAACCUCCGACUGGACCGAACCAGGAGGAGGUUAAAGAGGAACAACCAGAACUGCUGCAGAUUAAAGAGGAGGAAGAGGAAGAGGAGGCAUGCAGCAGCCAGCAGGUGGAGCAGUUCAUCCUGAAGCAGGAGCAUUUCGAUUUCACUGAACCUCUGAGCCAGGAAGCCGACCUCAGUGAGGGAGAACCCAACAUCCAGGGUCUGUACGCCGUCAGCUUCCCUUCGGCUGGGAACCAGAGCCACGAAGAACGCAGCUUCCCCGCAUCUGAUCCGACGGUGUCCGCCGCCGAUAAAUCGGUCAAAUGCGACGUUUGUGGGAAAGUCUUUAAGAAGAAGCAUCACUUCAACCGCCAUCAGAGGAUCCACUCAGGCGUGCGGCCGUACGCUUGUACGAUCUGCGGGAAAGGCUUCACGCAGAGCGGCCACCUGAAGAACCACAUCAGGACCCACACCGGCGAGCGGCCCUUCUCCUGUGACACCUGCGGGAAAAGUUUCUCUCAGGUGGUCAGCCUGAACGUCCACAUGCGGAUCCACACCGGCGAGAGGCCGUACGCCUGCGAAAUCUGCGGUAAAAGUUUUACGGUGGUGACCAACCUGAACUUCCACAGGGGAACCCACGCAGACGAGAGGCCGUUUCCCUGCGAGACGUGUGGGAAAGGCUUUGGGAACUACACGUCGCUCAAAGCCCACCGCAGGAUCCACACGCAGGGUCGGCUGCAUUUCUGCGAAACCUGCGGGAAAAGCUUCACCAAAAACGCAGCGCUGAAGGUCCACACGAGGACGCACACGGGCGAGAGGCCGUACCUGUGUGAACGCUGUGGGAAAUGUUUCAUCAGUAAGGGGGACCUGAAAGCUCACGUUAGAACGCACACCGGCGAGAGACCCUUCACCUGCGGGACCUGUGGGAAAAGUUUCAUCCAGAGAGGAACUCUGAACGUCCACAUGAGGAUCCACACCGGGGAGAGACCCUUCACCUGCGAGACCUGUGGGAAGAGCUUCCGCUACAGCAGCCACUUCCACGUCCACCGCAGGACUCACACCGGGGAAAACGCCUUCAGCUGCGACACCUGUGGGAAGGUCUUCACUCGGAUCCGCAGCCUGAACGUACACAUGAGGUUUCACACGGGCGACUGGCCGUUUUCCUGUGACACCUGUGGGCGGGGCUUCAGUAACGACUUCCAGCUGGACGUCCACAGGAGGACGCACGCCGGCGAGUGGCCCUUCUUCUGUGAGACCUGUGGGAAAGGAUUCUGCAGGCGCUUCAGUCUGAAGGUUCACAGGAAGACGCACACAGCUGAGAGGCCCUACAAGUGUGAAACCUGUGGGAAAAGUUUCCGUGACCCUUCGUAUUUAAACGUUCAUAAGAGAACCCACACAGGGGAGAAGUACUCCUGCUCCACGUGUGGGAAGAGCUUCACCCAGCUGGGCAGUUUGAACGUCCACAGCAGGACACACACAGGAGAGCGGCCGUAUCUGUGUGUGACGUGUGGAAAAGGUUUCAUCAACAGCAGCCAGCUGAGCCUGCACAGCAGGACUCACACGGGUGAGAAACCGUUUUCCUGCGACGCCUGUGGCCAGAGCUUCUCCAGGAACAGCAGCCUGGUGGUUCACAUGAGGACACACACCGGGGAGAGGCCCUUCCAGUGCAGGACAUGUGGGAAAAACUUCACCCAGUACGGCGUUCUGCAGAUCCACGUCAGGACCCACACCGGGGAAAAACCCUUUUCCUGUUCGGCUUGUGGAAAAAGAUUCAAUCAAAGCGGCAGCCUGAUCAAACACAUGCAGGUCCACACCCAGAGGAAAGCUGCUCCUCUCUGAGCCUUCAAAACGUAGAUCUACAGGUUAAAGACUUUUAGUUACCAUAGACCUGGAGGGUAGAUGUGGGUAACUCAUCUGGUUGCACCAACUUCUCUGCUGGGUUUCCAUCAAAUCGCUUCCUUAAAAUUCAUUUAACCUGGUUAAGUUACAGGUCAGUGAGACACAGUUAAAGUUUGGUUUUAGAUAUUAAUAUUUCUGCCAUCAGCUACAUUAAUAUGAUCUCCAAACAUAACAACAAAGAGUAAAACAUGACAGGAAGAUAAACAAGUUUAAUUCAAAUGAACCAAAAAUAUGUUUAUGUACGAAGGAGGAAACAUCUGAUUCCAUUAAUGAUUCUCUGAAAUCUGAA